AUUAGACAAAUGAAUCGAGGCUAUGUCUGUCAACAACUAUUAGCCGUGAUGCGUAAAUGGAGCCUCCGUGAUCAGAGGCAGCACGGCCCUGAACACCACCAGAGGCUCAGGCUGGAGGCAAACUCGAGGCCUUGGUUAUUGCAUUCAUGCGGUGUUUAUGAACGUCUCAAAUAUUAGCUCCUGUUGGAGCAACGCUGAAUUAGAUUGGCCCCUUAUGUUCCUUGAAUGUUUUCAGGCUUUCCUGUCUGAAGCAGACCGACAAAUUAGUCAUAAAUGGCUCUUAGGACAAAAGUGGCCCUUCUCCUAUGGCACAGUGAUAUGUAGAAAUGAACAGCUGACUCUGUAAAGUUUUAACCAAUUGGUAUGCCAGUGCAUUUUGAAAGCAGCAUGUUUCUUGAGCAGGCUUACUGAUAGCAGAACAUGGGUUCAGUUUUGGUUAUCCACUUUGUUUCAUUGUAGUCUGAGGAAGCAUGAAAGCAUUUCGGCACCAAGUAGAUGAUUUCCACCCUCUGAUACCAGGAUACACAGGUUAUAUCCCUCUUAGGUUCUACCGGAUUGGAACAAGUUUUGGAAACGAUUCUGUGUGGUGCGUGAAUGCUUUUCGUCAUACUAUUGGAAGAAAGAACAAUCAACAGGAUGAACUGAGGACCAUAGCAGCUACUGCCCCACAACUACCACCUAUAUGUUCCAAUGAAGAAAUCAUAGGAGUACUUGAUGAUUAUAAUUAUAAACAUCACCCUUAUGUGCUAGGGCCUGUGAAAACAAAAAGAAGUUUGCUUGAGCCACCCAUUCCAGGCUGGACUGGAUUUGUGCCCAGGUCCAAAGUCACAGAAUUUGGCCAUGGAGUCCGCUAUCAUGUGAUGACAGAAAAUUGCUACCAGGAUUUUAAGGACAUGCUGGAUAGAGUCCAUCCUGAUCCUGCGAGCAAGGAAUCCAAGGGAGAACCUCAUGUUUCCAAAAUCUACAGGGACUCACAUCGAUACCAGAGAUGCUAUAGGCCUGAGGGGAUGAUGCCCAAGUACACGGGUCAUAUUCCACAUGAACGUUCCGGCAUCGGAAAGACCUUUGGUAGUGUGUGCCGAAGUUGCUCUGCCUGCAGCCAUGAUGACAAGAGCUAUGGAGCUUAUCUUACUAAGAAACACAAGACUGAAACAGAUCAAGAACAGCCGAAAGAGGAAAAAUAAUGGCAUAACCUUGGGCAAUCAACUAUUAAAGUAAUGUUGUCUGAGACAGUCGUGCUAAAAAGCUGUCUAUAUUUGAUCAAGAAUUUCAAAUAUGCUGCAUUGCUCAUCAUUUUCAUUUGCAAAAGUAUGGUUGUAGUUAGAUACUGGAAACUGGUUUAUAAGCUGUGUUGUCAUCUGCAUAGGAAGGAAGGAAUAAUGACUCAGGCAUCCUCACGUAAAAAAAAGGUAUAAACAAUUCAGGUAUCCUUGCAUCAAAAGAAGAGUAAAAAGUAAUAUUUCAUAAGGAUCAAAAUGAAAUACAUCCAAGCAUUUUGCACUAAAGAGCAAUGUAUUUUUCACCUAGAAGAAAUGGAUUGACAUGAUUGGCAGAGGUACAGUCCUAGAUUUCUGACCUAGGACUACCCCUGACAGUAUCUGGUAGCAGAUAUUGUAGGAAAUCUGAAAGACCGUGCAGCAGCAGCAGCAGCAGCAGCAAAAAGGAGUGUCUUAAGUGCUGUUGUCAUCACAGUACACCUUGAAGUAUAACAGCAGCCAGAAAAUGUAAGCAGAAACUGAUGAAGAGUGCCCAGCGUGGAGUUAGAAACUGUGAUCCUCAAACCAUUCCAAUCUGUCCAACUUUAAAUAUUCUUUAGCAGAGGGAUUUGUUUUAAUGUAAUGCUUAGGAAGUUGGAGGGAUUUAAGAGCAGAAACCAAAAUCACAUAUAUUUACCAUAAAAGAAGUUUUCUAAAGUCAUCUAUACCAGGUAUUAUUCCUGAGUGUGUGUGUGUGCUAUAUGCUGUCAAGUUAUUUCUGACUUAGGACAACCCUAUGAAUUAAUGAUCUAUCAUUAACAGCAUGGCUGAGAUCUCGCAAACUGGAAGCCGUGGCUUCCUUUAUUGAGUCAAGCCAUUUCACCUUGGCUCUGCCUCUUUUCCUAGCUUUAUUGUCUUUUCCAGAGAAUCUUGUCUUCUCAUCAUGUGACCAAAGUAUGAUAGCCUCAGUUUUGUCAUUUUAGCUUCUGGGGAGCAUUCAAGUUUCUUUGAUCUAGAAUCCGCUUCUUUAUCUUUUUGGCCAUCCACGGUAUCCAGAAAACUCUCCUCCAACAUCACAUUUCAAAUGAAUCAAAUUUCUUCCAGUCAGCUUUCUUCACUGUCCAACUUUCACACCCACACAUAGUGAUGGGGGAUACCAGAGUGUGGAUUAUCUUGAUCUUGGCCCCCAGUGACACUUCCUUGUUGUUGUGGGUUUUUUCCAGUUCCGUCAUGGCUGCCCUUCUGUCUCUCAAUCUCCCUCUGAUUUCUUGGUUGAGGUCUCCCAUACAGUUGAUGAUUGAACCAAGGAAUGGAAAAUUUGGAACAAUUUCAAUUUCUUCGUUUUCAGCCUUAAAAUUGUGUUAAUUCUUCCAUUGCCAUUAUUUUUGUCUUGAUGUUCAGCUGUGUUUUGGCACUUUCUCCUCUAACCAUCAGUAAUCAUUUAAAGUCUUCACUAGUCCAGUGAUGUGAUGUCAUCUUCAUAUCUCAAACUGCUAAUGUUCCUGCCAUCAAUUUUCAUUCCAUCUUCAUCUAAAUCUAAGCCAGUUUUCUUUAUGAUACAUUCUGCAUAUAGGUUGAACAGACGGAGAGAUAAUACACAUCCUUAUCUGACACCUUUGCCAAUUGUAAACCAUUUUUUCCUCCAUACUCUGUCCUAACAGUAGCCUCUUGCCCAGAGUACAGGUUUCACAUCAGCAUCCUAUAUUUGGCCACAAUUUUCCUGCAGCUCCAAAGUAUUUUUUAUGCUGCUGUAGUAAAAGAAAAGUUGUUUACAAAGUGCAGCUAUGAUCAGGUUCUCUGGAUCCAGUGGAUUUCUUACCAUUUGUAACUUGUAAAUAUUUAAGCAGUUUAUAUUUGAAAACAUAUCUGUUCCACAUAUCUGUUAAAAUAGUCUUGUUUAC